AUGGCCGCCGCAACCGAAGAGCCAAUGCCCAGUGAGCCCUCACGGAUCUUUCCGCAGACCAAGAAUGCGGACUUUCAACGUCAAUUCUCUUUAGCCGCCGAUCAGCGGAUCAAGAAUCCACUCGGCAGCAAGAUGAAGUUCUCCGAAGGUGUACUGUUCAUGAUGAAUUCUUUGACAGGGCUCUCUUUGCUGACCUUGCCCUAUGGCUUUGCGCAAGCAGGGCUCCUCCUGGGUGCUCUCAUCAUCAUGGGCUGCAUGAUCAUCUCGUUUAUCACUGCCACCUUCAUGUGUGAGGCCUUGACCAUCGCCAAUGCGUUGGAGUACGAAGCGGCGGAGAAGCAAGUGCUGGAACACCAGGCGCCGGAAGUUCGACAAGCUCUCCGCGACGCCAUCGACGAGGUGGCACGUGGUGAUGAGAGCAACUCCAUGACAUCUUUUUGGAGACCACCCACAAGAACUGCAAAAACAUGUCGCGGAAGUCCUUCUUGCACCAUCCUGCAGGUCUUUCAAGCUGAGAACCGUGUGAAGAAUCCGGAUCGUGAGUUCAAGAUCCGCGAGCGCGUGGAGCUGGGAGCCGUGGGGGAGCGGGUGCUCAAGAAAGGAUCGGAUAAGGUCAUUGCUGCCACGAUUUAUGUGAUGAUCCUAAGCUUUACCUAUGGCACGGUUUCUGCCUUGGUGGUCACCGUGAAUCAAUCACUGGCUCAUACACUUCUGGGUGCUUGGCGGCUCAUAGGCUAUGGUGAGCUGAACGCGAAUGAGGUCUACACCUGCUGUGUGAUCGUGGUGUUCUUCAUCACCCUUCCCUUGUGUUUCAAGAAUUUGCAGAAUACCAAGGCCUUCACCGUCGUAAUCAUGUGGUGCCGUUUCCUGGCCAUUGCCAUUCUGCUGCUGGUGGGCAUUUACAAGUGCAUCGAACGACUGGAACGGGAGAGUCUGGGGAGCAUACUGCAGGACGUGCCACUCUGGAAGCCCAGUGGUUUCGUUGCAGUCUUUGGAAACUCGGUCUUUCUCUGUGGCAUUCACCACUAUCUUCCAAGUAUGAUUUCACCACUCAAGGAGCAAACACAGGCUCCCAAGGUGAUAAUCACCGCCUUUUCGUCAUGUUAUCUCCUCAUCGUUUCAAUUUGCGCCACAGCCCUGGUGGCAUGGGGUGAAGAAACCUGGAGCAAGUGCUCUUCGAGGCCUGGGGGGCACUAUUGCCAGAUCCAGCCGUUGUACAACCUCAACUUUGCUCCCUUGAGCCUCGCGGGGGGGCUCAGUGGCUUUGUUCUUGCUGGCUUACCCGGCCAUGGCCAUUGCCAGCAUUCCCAUCGCAGCCAUCACCACACGGAAUACCAUGGGUCAAUGGCUUCAGGUGAAACCGCCGGAUCCGGAGGCGGGCGUGUCGCUGUGCUCCAAGACGGGCUGUCUCACGCUGGCGGUCUUGGUGCCACCCUUCACGGUGGCUCUAAUCACCACCGAUGUGCAAGCGGUGAUCCAGUACGUGGGCGGCUAUGCAGGUCUCUCCGUCUCCUUCCUUUGCCCGAUGAUUCUGCUGAUCCGAUGUCGACAGAUCUUGCACCUCGAGAAGGUCAAUGA